AUGGCGUGUCUACCACCUCCCUACUUUCCAGUUGCCAUGCCAGUUCCGACGCAAGGACCGGGCCUGAUUGGCAAAACUGUAUACCAUUACAUGACCCGUGAUGGAGGGCCACCAAACAAGGGUGCACCUCCCAGCGGCCCUCCGUCAUCGGCUCCUCCACCGUAUUCUUUGAUGCCUCCGUGUCAAGGGCCAUUCUGCCCUCCACCAAGUCAGCCUCAUCCGGGUCCAUUCUUCAUUCCGCCAGGAAACGGAUUCCCUGGGGCAGUGUGCGUGCCUAAUGGACCACCACCUCCUGCUCCACCACCGCCUCCUCCCUCUGCGGGCGCAUGGUAUCAACCGCCAGCGUCAGGACCUCCUCCUCCCGCUCCUCCACCUCCACCUCCACCUCCACCUCCAACGGUUGCAGGAGCAGUGGCCCAUGCUGCGUCCCAGGCACCAGAACCACCAGUCAGUGGAAAUCGAGUCAAAGAUCGCCUUCUGGUCGUCAAGGACAGUGGAGGCCACGGGCACGUUGCGUCAAAACACCUUGCAACAUUCCACCUUUUUACCUACAACGUCAUAGACAAGUAUUCGGUGAAUGCUCACAAUCAGUUUUACAUUCCACCGCAUUCGUGCGAGCCAUUUCGUGUAAUGACGGCAGCGUAUUCAAUGCCGAUCGAGGAGCUCAUUGAACAACUGGACUGCAUCAAGGUCGCGCCCCCAGUGUAUCCGCGCUACGCAAUCGGCCUUGCAGAGGCGUUUGAUAUUGGCAAUGGAUGGUUCCAGGUUGGCAGCAAGUUCCACCUGGACGAAGACAAGUCGAAGCAGACCAUCAAGGAGGCUUGGAGCAAUAGUAUUGUUGAGGCCGGCGAAUCGCGACCCAAGUAUCUCAUCAGACUGCCAGGGAAGCGGCCUGGUCAAUGA